ACUACCAGGCCGUGCACUGUAAACUCCACCUUCAAGGCUCCGCGAAUAGGCGCUCACACUCACGGGAGCGGAGUGCUGGGUGUCGGUGUGUUUGCACUCCGGGGUUUCUUUUCUAUAGAAAUCGGACGAAAAAUAUAGUGAUAAUGUUUACCCUUUCAGAAUUCAUGGUUAUUUUAGCCGUGUGUUCGGCCACAGCUUCUGGAUACUUUGUCAGCAUAGAUGCUCAUGCCGAGGAGUGCUUCUUUGAACGGGUCAACUCAGGGACCAAGAUGGGCCUCAUGUUUGAGGUUGCAGAAGGAGGCUUCCUGGACAUCGAUGUGGAGAUAACGGGACCUGAUGGAACGCAGAUUUAUAAGGGCGACCGGGAGUCCAGUGGAAAGUACUCAGUGGCCGCUCACAUGGAUGGGACCUACAAGUUCUGCUUCAGCAACAAGAUGUCCACUAUGACCCCCAAGAUCGUCAUGUUCACCAUCGACAUCGGCGAGGCGCCCAAGGGAGACGGGAUGGAGACGGAAGGUGACGGUGACUCCUGGGAUGCUCAUCAGAACAAGCUUGAGGAGAUGAUCAACGAGCUGGCUAUCGCCAUGACGGCAGUCAAACACGAACAGGAGUACAUGGAGGUCCGGGAGAGGAUACACCGAGCGAUCAACGACAACACGAACAGUAGAGUUGUGCUCUGGUCUUUCUUUGAAGCACUGGUGCUCGUGGCCAUGACUCUGGGACAGAUUUACUACCUGAAGAGAUUUUUUGAAGUACGGAGAGUCGUUUAAAAAGGGCUUUUUCUGUUUCUCUUUUUGUUUUAAGUAUUUCACCAUGUACCAGAAACGUUACAUCACACAAUUCAAGAUCGAUAACUAUUUGACAUGCCUGAAAUGCCUUUUAGUCCUGCUUCUUUUCUGUAAAGCAUUUCAAUACAUUUUCUGGUUCCCAUUUCAGUUUGAGUUUGUUCUCUGUUGUCCAAUUAUAUUUGUACUUUCUUCCUGUUGUAACCAUGGUAUUGUUUUUAGAAUUUGAGGUUAAAAACAAAAGGUAUUGUACACGUCUCGAGUUUCGACUGUUGCUGGUACAAAGGCAUCUUUGUGGUAAUUUGAAGCAACAGGGACAACGGCAUGGUGCUGACGUCAUGACCUUUCUUCCCGCACUGAUCACGCUGAAGAGACGGACGCAGCUGGCUUCGAGAUCGCGUGCACCAGGUCAUUUGAACUGAUGUCAGUUAUUCCAUGAAUCUUCAAUCAUUUUGCUUGUGGGACAAAGUGCUCUUUCCAUUGAAAUUGCAGCUUGUUGUCGUACUUAAUGAAAUUAUUAUUAUUAUUUUUUGCUUUUUUUUUUUUUUGUGGCCUUUUCGGAAUAAAACUGAUUUGAACAUUGGGGAAAGUAUGCAGAAGACCUAGAAAGUGAUUGGGCAUAGUCCAACAUUUUGAUUGGCCACACUUGGCCACUUUAAAAAAAUAAAUAAAUAAAGCGAACUGUUCAGACUCACGAUUCUUAUGCAAGUCCAGGGAAAUAUGUUUUAUUCAAGGCACAUACUGUAUGCGUUUGAGAAUGAAUGUUUCUAUACAUGGGAUUGGAAGCAAUUUUUCCUUCCCACUAUAUUCCUAAUGGGCAAAAAGAACAGCUUAAGUGUGUUUGUGUGUGUGUGUGUGUGUGUGUGUGUGUGUGUGUGGGCGCAAGCGUACAAGCGUGUGUUUGUGUGUGUGGGUUAACCAUUUUCUGAGUGGUGUUAAAAAAUUUGCUUGUACUCUUCUAAUAAGAAAAAUCAGUUCUGAAACUAUUUUGUAUGAUUCAUUUAUUGGUUUGGGCAGGUAUGUAGUUAGGGAACCGUUUUGUUACUUGGGGAAACUGCUGUCUGGUCAAUAAACGAAAGGCAUGGCAACGAUUUUGUGCAAGAGAGAAUGUCUUUAUCAAAUCUGUGAAGAUUUAAAGGUUAAAAUGCUGUAUGUUACAUAUGAACCAGGUUUGGUUAAAAAAUAAAAGACACUGUUUAAAAGUU